UUCACUAACAAUAGUGGUGUACUCCUUUGAAAAUAUACUUCAAAUAAUGAUCGCGUCGCUAAGCGUACUUCCAGUUAUCGCGUAAAGUUACUUGCCGUGCACGAUACAUGAACACACACACACAUCCCUCGCAUACCACAAAAACGUUAUUGGGCAGUGCUUGCUUCAGCCACGGCCCGUAUACGUUUUACAAAGCGGUGAGGAUAGGAAACGGUCGCGUCCUACGUUUAGGCAGCUUCUUUCUGACGAAAUUGUGGAGCGAUGCCGACUUGGUUAGCAUCGGGGAACUUCAGCUUUUAUGGAUGGACAGUCGGGGGCCAAAUCAACCUCUGGCAUCUUUACGGCUCUACUUCUUGCCGGAGAACACCCCGGAUGGUCGAAGGGACACGCACGGAGAGGACGAGGUGCUGACGAUAUCCGAGAAGGUGGUAGUCCGUGUUCACGACCUGGUUACCUGGUUAUCACCGACCUUGGAAUGGUCGUGGGGUCGGGAGGUGUCUUAUCCACCGACACCCUCGUCUUCUCCGGAGAACAGCCCGUUGAGGUACGAGAUACCUCAGCCCCAGGUGCUCACCGAUCCUGGAAUCGAUUUCUCGGAUGUCGAGAAGCAACAGAAGGAGUUCGAGAGCAACCAUAACACGAGGAAGACGGAAUGCGGUGCCCAAACGAAAGUGGUCGUGCUAUCGUACCCGAGGUAUUGCCGAUAUCGAGCCCUUCUACGUAGGCUCGAAGGUGCCGAACCGUCCUGGCUUUGCUCGUCCGUAGCAGCCGCCCUCGGCGGGUUCACCGCCACCCCGGGCACCAGGGUGCUCUUCUGCAGGGACACCUUUGACUACCCGGAUCUAGAAACUCACGAACUCCUCUGCAAUCAUUUAGCGCCGAAAUUAAAAGGGCGACCAAGGAGGAAGCGUAAAAAGCGCAGCGCAUCGCCUGGCGAGUCGAGCAACGAAAGCGAAGCCUCAGUUGCGUCUACCUCGAAGAGUGCACCAUCGACGAAUUCGAGCAUGGUGGUGCAGGGCGUUGGUAGGCCACCAUCGUCGGCUGUUCGACGUAGCGAGCGGAAAACAAGCGCGGAGGAGAAGAAGUUCCUGACGGACGUCCAGACUUUCAUGAACUCGCGGGGUACGCCUGUCGGAACGAUGCCACUGCUGGGCUACAGGCAGAUCGACCUCUUCCUGUUUUACACGAAGGUGCAACAGUUGGGUGGUUACGACUCGGUCAGCGCGGGCCGGUUAUGGAAGACCGUCUACGACGAUAUCGGUGGUAACACGGGAUCCACCAGUGCCGCGACAAUCACUCGUCGGCAUUACGAAAGGUUACUGUUGCCUUACGAGAGGUACCAAAAGGGCGACGAUGCAAAAGUUAAAUUGACUCAUGUAAGACGCGCGAAAAGUAACAGCGGGUCCGAAGAGUCCGAGGAGGUGAAGCAAGAACCGGGCGAACCGUAUCCACCGGAAACGCCUCCGCCUAUGGAAACGAACCUUCCCGCUGUAACUUCUCCUCUUCAACCAAUUAUAUCUGCAACGCCCUUCCUUCCGGGUGAGAAACCGAAGACGGAAACUAGCAAGACGUCGUCGUUACGUAGCGUACGAGUGAAACCAGAACGAUUGAAGUCGUUAAACACGAUAAUCGCGAACAGUACGUCGUCGCCCAGCCAGCAAACGAACCAACUGCCAAGCCCGCCACCUUCCUCGAACACGUCGAUCUCGACGCCGAACAGUACACCCUCCACUACGCCGACGAACGGUACCGGAGGUCAGAGCGUUCUAGAGAGGCAAUUGAACAGCCCUCUGAUAUCGCAACAAGUACCACCGUCGUGUUCUCCACCGGGUCUACCGGUCACCACGGUAGCGACAAAUGCCUCUACGGUCGUUACCUUGACUCCGCCACCCGAGAAGGAUAUGAAGGAACUGAAAUUAGACUCUAAACAAACCACCCUGCUGGCACAGGGUAAGGAGAACAUACCGUUAUUCGGUGAGAAGUCUAUAUUCGCCGAGAAGGCGAUAGUGCCUCCUAGAUCGCCAGAGGUGAUCGAUCUCGAGACGGAGAGCGACACUAGUAGGGACAAAAUAAUCAUUCCCAGUUUCAAGAAACGCAAGCUCGAGAUACUUCGCGAGGGUGGUCUCGAAGUCACUGCCGUUGACUUGGACACGCGGCCGAGCGUGAUCCAAAGCAAUCCUCCGGCUCCAGCGACCAUGAAGUCCGAGGAAAAGCCGCCAAUAUCUUAUCCGCUUCCAGUCACGCCUAACUCCAUUCCCAAAUUGAUUUCCGUCACCGUGACACCGGACAUCGGGCACAUGUUGUCGUCGCCCCAAGAGCAUCAGCAUUCUCAUCACCAAGCACGAUUACAGACGCAGAGCAAACCGCCCCCUGUUCAUCACAGUAAUAAUAAUAAUGUAACGACGAAUAAUAAUAACAAGAAUAAUAACGCGGUGAACAGUCGCGUGAUAAAUCUCGGCACUUCAAACAACUCGGCGUUGUUGCAAUUGUACGCGAACGCGAACGUACCACCACCUAGGUCGUCGACGGUGCCUCGUCGAUUCGCGUGGCCGAGUCACCUCAGCCACGACGUCGUUCCACCCAGGGUGACACAGUCCAGGUCGAUAUUCGCACACAACGAAAAGAUGGUUUACGGUGACCCGAAAGAUAUUCUCAUCCCUCCAAAGUAUCGUCCAUCGUUGCAGCGUUUGCAACUCCAGCUGCAACAGAUGCACGUGAACCACGAGUCAACGCACACCGGGGUCCUCGACCUGACCCAGAGGUCGAACGACAAGCCGGUAUUCCCGAGGCCGAGCCUAGAAAUAGUGAAAGUACCUGUAGUGCCGAGGCCUAAUCCGUUGAACUUGGAGAUGAGGAACUCGUCGGCGAUCAAAGAGAAACCAACAGACUACUCGAAACGAAGUACCUUCCCCGGUUACCAGAACGUGCUUGAUGGUCGAACGAUGGCUUCGAACAACCUGGAGAUCACGAUCGUCAGUCCGAAACAGAAACAUAGUCAUAUGAACGGGCCGACGUCGCACAUGCGGGUACCGAGUCCGUCUAGGAACAACGUGGUACCCGCUCAGAGAAGGCAACACGCGAACGGCAAGUAUACGACGAGGAGCGAGCCAGUUUCACCGUACACGCCGAGGAAACCGAGUCACCCCGUUAUACCUAACGUACCUAAUCUGAACCAUUUGAACUGCGUCAAUUCGUAUCCAAGGAUGGCGACGAUGCAACAGCAGAACACCAUCGACAGGAGAAAAAACGCGGAUAUGAGCGGUAGUAGAGAGCAUCAUCAGCAUCAGCACCAGUACCAGCAUCAGCAUCAUCAGCAGCGUCGAAUCAGCGAAGGCGACAAGGCGUUGAUGAAUCAGCAGCAACAACAACAACAACACCAGCAACAGCACCAACCACAGCAACAGCAACCGGAUGUCAGGCAAUCGGAUGCCGGCAGACGGCACAGUGUUCCAAGCAUACCGUCGGGUUUCGUUCCUGCUGUACCGCAAAACAAUCAUCCAGCCUACGUUCCCCAACUGCCAAACACACCCGGCAAGUUCCUACCGAUUCUUGACCCAAUGUACUAUUCCGCCUUCUACAACGGUUUGUUCCCGCCGCCGCCGAUUCCGCCCACGGCUGCUACCUCCGCCUUUCUACCGCCAGAGUUCAGCGCGUACUACAAAGAACUACUUGCUUCCUCGCAACCAAGACUGGGGAUGACGGGACAGCAUCAGCCGGCUGUACCGACGUCUAAAUAGACAAUUGUGCGAUCUCAUGCGUGUUUUAGGGUGUCCACCUCUGCGUUUUAGCCAAGUAACGGUGGUUUAAUUACACAAUUUCUAAAGACAUAAGAUCCGUCGGAUUUCCUCGCUACGAAUUCGUAUUUUCCGAGGACUUGUUCGUUCUUGCGUCGAGACGGAUCGGUGAAACGACACGAGUGGAUCCUCCGUGUAUUUACGUGAUCGUUUUAAGGAUCUUUCGGUUUGAAUCUUUAAUCCUUGCGCACCGUUCGGGUCAAACAUUUAAUCUACCAGAAAUCUAUUAACACGUUCGCUACUCUAGCACCCGAUACCGAGUGUGCUGAUUUUAAUUCAAAGGUCUUUUUUUGUGAUACGAGUGUAAGAAACAUUUGAGCGGUACCCAAGGGUUAAUCGAAUUCCAAUGAAAUUCGAUUAGCGUACACGCGCAUAUCUGACUACGCUGUCGCCUAUGCUGUUUUUCUAGUUUCGUAGGUUUCUUUUUGUUCUUGUGUUAUUUUUUGAUACUAUCGCGACAGUGUUUGUUCUUUUUUUUCUUUUUUUUUUUUUUUGUUUCACAUUCCUAGUAGCUGCAAUAGAGGCACGUGCUCUGUUAUGUAUCAUCGACAUCAGGCGCUAAAUUUUGUUCAACUGUAUCAUUCUUGCGGCUAAUUGACAUGCCCAUGGAAAUUAGUCAGCCUCCUGGGUGAAAAAUCGUCGACCCGGCAGUAUGUGAUCACGACUAAUGCACCGCUGAUUCUAAGUCAAUGUUUAUUGCAACAAUAUUGAUAUCCAUUCAGUAUUCAAUUUCUCUUCGAUUUCAUUCACAGUUUAUAUACAGGGGGUUGGGUUAGGGAUGGGCAUAUUUGAGGAGGUGGUGGUCGAGAUUAUCCCGAACAAUUUUCUCCUUUAUCAAAAUUUUCUGUGAGUCUUAGUUUUUGAAUUAUUAUUGAAAAACAUCGAGUGAUCAAAGGCGUGUGCCAUUCGCGCUGUGAUUGAUCAAUGUUUUUUCACUAAUAACUCGGAAACCAAAUCUUUUCGAGAAUUUUGGUAAAGAAGAAAAUUGUUCAGGAUAAUCCCCUUCAAAGGACACCCACCCAGAACCGAACUCCGUGCAUACAAGAAAAAGUACACUGAUUGUCGUUGCGUGCUACUGCUGCCGUGAUUAUGCAAUAAAUUAGGUGAUAAUUUUUUAUACGUAACAAUAAUACACGAUGCUUCGUCGUAAGUCGAAACGAACGAGCGACUUUUUUCGCGUGUAACUUUCGUUCUUUUCUUUCUUUUUUUUUUUAUAUACAUUUCGAAGAGAGAUAUUCGACGCUGUUAGAGAGAAUAAAAAAAAACAAUGAACGUACUAAAGCACUGUGAUAACGAUCAAGAAAAAAAGGGAAGAAUACAGUUGACUUCUUUUUUUUCAUACGUAAAGGAAAAAAUACGACUUUUUUUCUACGUUUGUUCUUCACGAACCUUACGCGUAUAGCCGCAACGUCGAAUACAAGGGAAUAAUCGAAUCGAAAUAAUAAUUUUUUUUUUAUAUUUCUUUGUUUUUUAAUUUUUAAAAAAAGUCUACGAGAGAAGUUGAUCCGUUUCACCGUCGUAGGUCAGAAUUCCUUCGUUUCGAACGUGCGAUGUGAUAACUAAAAUAAAAAUAUAUAUAUAUACAUAAAGAAUAAAUAAAUAAAGAAAAUAUAUAUAUGUAUAUGUGUAUAUGCGAGAUCUUUAGCCGACGGAUCGUAAAAACGUAUAAUUGUUUAUUGUAUAACGAUCACACAAUUCUUACGUAGUAAUGAUCGCGAAAACCCUAAUUCUAUUGUAAUAAGUUUAGUUAAAACAAUCAACAAAAAACCAUUUUCAUCGUACCAACACGUACAUACACCACUACAAGAAAAGUACACACUGAUCUUUAGUAGUCAGCUGUUAAACGAAAUAAGUGCACGCAGAAAAAAAAAACGGUGUAAUAGCAACGAGACACAUUGUACAUAAUGUAUAUAAUCAACGUAUUCGUUAAGCUAGAUAAAUCCACCCCCACACACCCUCAACACACCCUUACUACGAAUUCCUCUUGCAUUAUAUCUUUCAACAUUACGAUAAAGAAAAGCGUUUAAGAUUUAGUGAAAUGUGUACAGGCUGUCUUAUUUGAAUGGCCAACGAUGAUCGCAUUGCUGAGUCAAGUUUCUUGAGGUGCAAACUUGAUAUUUUCUACCAAUAUUUCUAAGACACCUUGUACAUUCAAUCUUCCUUAGGUAGAUUGGGACAUUUACAUCCAAGUAUAAUUUUUGCACUGUUUAAUUUUUCAAAAAAUCAAGUGUUUCUUUUUUUUUAAACUAUCUGCAUCUAAUAUAGAGGGUGUUUCAUUUGUCAUCACCUUGAGUAUCUCUGUUGUUGUUGAACGUAUUAAAAAUAUUAUUAGUAACAAUUAUAUGAUUCUAAGAGGUACGCGAAGUGUUAUAAAACUACAAAGAUAUUCAAAGUGACCACCAUAAAUAAAACCCUUGCGAAUAAAAGAUUUCUUUUUCUAAACAGUGAUCGAACAUCGUUGGCCAUCGACGAUUCUGGUAUGAAAUAAAUAAGAAAACUAAAAAUGACGUGAGAGAAGAAACACCGAUGGGUGUAUCGAUGUUAAGCGUAGACAUAUUCAUAGAAUUUGUUCGUUUUAGGAUACUCUGAUAACAGGAAAAUCACAAAAAUAAAAUGUCAGAUAACGUUUCAAGCAUUCGUAAUCCUAAGACGUGUACAAGAGUGUGAAAGAUGGGAGGAGAUCCUUCGCUGGGAUCGUUCUUAGUAAAAUCAGAUUUCUAAUAUCGAUGUCUUUCAAAAAAAAUAAGUUGUUCAUGUUUGGAGGUUCAUUUACGAAAGAAAAAGAAGAGAAAGAAAGGGAGAGGAACGUGUGUGUGAAGUGUAGAGUUGUUUGCUAACUUAUGAUCGCGGUUUUUCAUAAAGAGCUCCUCACCCGGCGCGUUCAAAAAUUUCAAGUUAAUUUAAUUUUUCAUUUGAAUUUUUGGUGCUGAUACCAGGCAUUUGCGUCAUUCUUAAUUAGAAAUAUUAUUGAUAUUCAUAUCAUUAUUAAUAGUAUUUGUAUUCAUUUCAACGCGUUAAUUUGAUCGUUUCAAUAUGAAAGAAGAAAAAUGAUUGAUUACAGAAAAAUUUCUUUUUCUUUUCUUUUCAAAUAUUCCAUCGAUCGUAUGGUGCUAUGUUGUAAAAUAUAUCUAACGAAGCUUUUCCGUUUUAUUUUUGUGCUUUUACUUUCGUUGACAAAAGAAAAACCGUCGGGAAUCAGCGGAGACCGUGAACGAUACGAAAGAACUACGAUCUUAAGGUGUAGAUCAUCACGUCCAAGUCUGAUGAAUCGUAAAAGAAAAAAAGACUUCUGAUUUUAAAACGUAUGCGUGUAAACGUCGUGGUUCGUUGUGUGAAAAUCGCGGGAAAAAGGAAGAGUUUCUUUUUCUCUUCGAAACGCGGCAAAGACGAACGAAAAAAAAAAGGGUGGAAGACAACAAAGUGAAGGGCUUGUGCGAGAAUACGUGCCAUAAAACUGCUUAGAUAGUGACUUUGAAAAUCGAACGAUAACGAUGGUCGUUUGUAUGUGCUUUUAAACGAGCCCUUUAUCGACUAGAAGAGACUCUAAUAAUGUGUAGUAAAAAAAUUUCAGCGAGAAAUGAAACAAAAAAAAAAAGAAAAAAAGAAAGAAAGCAACCAUCGCAAGUGCAAAAUUCCAAUACGGAAGUUUUAAUUUCUUUUUUUUUUGUUUUGUUACCGUGAAUUGUUUAUUUUGACGUCGAAAAUAGAGCGAAGUAUAUUGGACGAAAUGAGUGUGAACGAGUGUACGUGUACGGAUGCGCGACUGUGUAAGAAAAAAAAGUAAUUACAGAAUGAUUAAUAUUCGAUGAAAGAAAGAAAAAGUUUAUGUUCGUUUAUUUUUUCUUUUGUUCUUCUUUGUGCGAGUUUCUCUUCAUUUUUUGUACGUAUAGAAGUGACUUUUUAGCGUAACCUUCGUUUCCCGAUUUAAUGAUAAUGAUAAUAAUAAUAAUAAUGAUAAUAAUAAUGAUUAUUAUUACGAUACAAAUAUUUUUUAUUAUAUGGGCAUUUCAGUUCCUAACAUUGGAAAUAAAACAUCUACUAUGAA